CCCCUACUGAAUGGAAAAUUUGUGCUGUUGAAUGCCAAUGGCAUGGGAGCAGACCAGCGGCAUUCUGGAUGGACUCCAAAUGCGGUGGCAGCGGCAGCUUGGACAGUUACCGAGUUUUGCUGUGCAGAACUGCGGAGCAUCCUAGCUGCGGCUUUGACUUUGAUUUCUCAAUUUCUAUGGCGCAGAUACGUUCUUCACAAACGUCAUGUCGUCCUCACGGAUUGGACGGUGAAGGUUUUCUUCAGGAGCUCGAGUUCUCGCCUGCUGAAGUCCAAAGCGACCGUGAAGCAGUAUUGAGUGCUGUCAAGCAGAACUGGCAGGCGUUGGAGUUUGCUGCGGCGACCCUUAGGGACGACCGCGAGAUUGUGGAGGAAGCUGUCCAGCAAGAUUGGCGCGCGCUUCGCCACGCGAGUCGUGAAUUACGGGCAGACCGCGAACUCAUGGCGAUGGCUGUUGGCAAGUCUAACGGAUGGGCCUUGGAGUUUGCUGCCGAAGAGCUGUACCGGGAUCCUCAGCUUCUUCAUGAUGCAACGAGUAGGCUUGGCGGGCGCUUGGGCUUGCCGCUGUCGCCCAUCCGAUUGGUGCGCGAAGCAGGUGCCUUUGCUGAGACAUCCUUGCCACUGGCAAUGCUGGCCCGUGCAGCACGCGGUGAGCUUGCAGAGGAGACAGCAGAAGAUGAGCACGAAACUGCGGCAAGCCCAGGCCAAGAUCUUGACCAAGAUGGCCAAGGUGGCCCAUUUGAAGAGGGCCAUGGCCCAUUUGGCCAAGAUGGCCAAGAUGGCCAAGAUGGCCAAGAUGGCCAAGGUGGCCAAGGUGGCCAAGAGAAUGAGCCUGAUGACCAAAGCGUUCCAGAUGUCCCUCUUGCUUCCGAUGGCCAGCACGUGAGUGGCCAAGACCAGGACAGCGGCUCUUGCCAGGGCCAAGCCGGCGACAGCUACCCGCCGGAGAGUCAUCGCCAGACUGCAGGUGAGCCAGACAGCCCAGUCAGCCAGCGUGGCCAAGAUGGCCACGAUGGCCACGAUGGCCUGGAUGCGGACAGAGAUGCAGAAGAUGGGCCAAGCGCUGGAGAGGCCACUCGGGAAGGCGAGCAGCGACACGUGGAGGAUUUUGAGGAUGGAGUAGGGUGAGUGGGACGAAUCAGAGCAGAAGGGAGUGAAAGAGAGACCAACUGGAAUGAGCGGCAGCCUGUGUUGAAACCGGCA